AUGUUAACCCUGGAAGACUGGAAUAGUAUGCUUCAAAAAAAGAAGCGGUCAGCUCCAGGAAUAGAUAGGAUAUCCUAUGACAUAUUAAGAAGUCUGAAAACCGAAACUAAAAUAACCAUCAUUAGAGAACUCAACAACAUAUACAGGAGAGGAGAAUUGCCAGACCAAUUAAAAAACAUAAAAUUACUGCCCAUUCUCAAACCUGGACGUGACCCAAGCGAUAUCAACUCGUACAGACCGAUCGCUUUACUCCCAACCCUCACAAAAUCAAUAAACCACGGUGUUUUGGAAAUGGUAAAGCGUCAUAUCUCCCAUCACAACCUAUUACCCGAGCUUUCCUUCGGAUUUCAAGCGAAAAAGUCUACUGAGAGCUGUCUAGAAUAUGCUACUAAUAUUUUGAUGGAAGCUAAGAGGAAUAAUAAAAUCAGCAUAGGGGUGUUCUUCGAUUUCAGUAACGCUUUUGAUACUGUUCAAGUCGAUACACUCGUUAAAACAUUACAAGACAUGAAUUUUCCCAAUGACAUCGUACUAUGGAUACACAACUUCCUCGCAGAUAGGAGGGUCAUCAUCCAAACAGAAAAAGGCCAAGUAACAACAAAGGUGAACAACGGAUUACCUCAAGGAGACGUGCUGUCCCCAACUUUGUUCAAUAUUUAUACCGCAGCACUACAUGAGGACACUGAAGGAGAGUUUACCUUACAAUACGCUGAUGAUUUCUUUAAAAUCGUGAGUGGUACAUCUAGACAGUUGGUUAUUGAUAAAGCACAAAACGCCGUUAACAAGUUUCUCGAUAUCAGCACAAGGCUCAACCUUAAAAUUAACAAAAAUAAAACAAAAGUAAUCCUGUUCAACGAUAAAAACGUAGACGUUGGGAUUAAAAUAGAGAACACCGCAGUAGAAACUGUACGCCACUACAAAUAUCUUGGACUACAUUUGGAUAGAGACUUGAAAUUCGGGGUUCAUGCAAGAGUCCUUAAACAGAAAAUAACCGAACGCCAAAAUAUGCUGAAGAUUAUCAGCAGCAUCAAGAAAGGAGCCACUCCAAAGGUGAUGGUCUUGUUUCACAAGGCACUCUACGCUAGUUAUUUCUCGUAUGCAUCAUCAGUAUAUGGGAAACUAUCAAAGACGUACCAAGGAAUGCUAGAAGUUGCAAAUAGGCAAUGCCAAAGAAUUGCAACAGGAUGCAGCAAAACGACACCUAUAAACACUCUAGCGGUCCUAAGUAACGAAAUCCCAUUACAUAUAAAAAGGAAGUACCAUACUCAGAAACGGAUUGCAAAACAUCUGAAACAAGGGGAUGCUAUCAGCGAGCAACUGUUUAAGUUGGACACUGAAAACGUAAAAGAAGAAAAACUCUAUACACUCAUAGAAUGGACCUACUUGGAAAAUAAAGACUCACUCCAUAAAAUAUACACUGAUGUUAAAUCGAAUAUCUCCCAAGAAAUAGACGUUCGAACGCAAGUAGAAGGCAUACCAGUACAAAAACGCAAAAUGACUCCUUCGACGAUGUACCAGAUUGCCAUGGAAAUGAUAAAUACCAAGUAUACCGGCUGGAGACACAUCUAUACAGAUGCUUCAAGAACGGAAACCGCCUGUGGUGUGGGCAUUUUUGCUCCACAAGAAUGCUUAAACAUCCAAAUGAAGCUAGGUGAACACUGCUGCAUUAUGACCGCCGAGAUGAUUGCAAUAUGGUUAGCAGUUAAGGAAAUCGAAACUCUACCGAGACACCCAACAGUUAUACUGACUGAUUCACAAUCAGCAUGCUGGUUUUUAACAUCCUGCAAAGAAAAAGAAAAUUUAGACCAACUAUCUUUUGAAAUCUGUGAAGGCCUGAUCCAAACUGGGACAGUCCUACAAUGGAUUCCAGCCCACGUUGGAAUUAGAGGCAAUGAGAAGGCUGAUACACUGGCCAAGGAAGGACUCGAUUGCGAUGCGGUUCUUAUGAACAAAUUAAUGUGGCAGGACAUUCAACUACAAAUUAAAAAAAGACAACUCGAAGAGGCCAACUCUUGGUACCAACGGAUCGUUAAUGACGAAAACAAAGGACUCAAGUACUAUCAAUUCACGGACCACUUCCCGGAGAAACCAUGGUACUGGAAUAGUAAUUUAGACGGCUUCGAAACGCGAAUGCUUAACAGGAUUCUAGCUGGUCACGAUUUCUCUAACUUCUGGCUAGCUAAAAUGAGAAUAAGAGAUACUGAGAACUGUGAACUAUGCGAUGAAAAAGAUACAACAGAACAUGCACUACUGUACUGUGUAAAAUAUUAUCACAUAAGGAAUUAUUUCGAUUGGGAACAACACCACAAUUUAAAACAACUGAUUGGAAACUACGACGAAAACAAAAUAGAAGAAGUCAUCCGAUUCAUACGAAUGGCUAAACUACAACCGUAA